AUGGACAAAGAGAAUAGUAGCACAGAGACCAACUUCUUUCUCCUGGGCUUUAGAGAUCACCCAGAGCUUCAAGUUUUCCUAUUUUUAGUAUUCUUUUUCAUCUAUACCAUGACCUUGUUGGGAAACGUUGGAAUGAUUACAUUGAUCACAACCAGUUCACAUCUACACACCCCUAUGUACUUUUUCCUCAGUGUUUUGUCAUUUAUAGAUGCUUGUUACUCUUCAGUCAUUGCUCCAAAAUUGCUGGUGGACUUGUUUUCAGAUAGGAAAGCUAUUUCUUAUAAUGGAUGUGCAACACAAUUAUAUUUCUUUUGUUCUUUGGUGGACACAGAAUCUUUUCUCUUGGCUGCUAUGGCUUAUGACCAGUAUGUAGCAAUCUGUAACCCACUGCUCUAUACAGUAGUAAUGUCCAAGAGAGUUUGCUGCCAGCUGGUAUUUGGAGCCUUUUUGGGUGGAACCGUGAGCUCCAUUAUUCACACCACAAACACAUUCCAGCUGUCUUUUUGUUCUAAUGAAAUUAACCAUUUCUUUUGUGAUAUCUCACCUCUAUUCUCCCUGUCUUGUUUUGACACUUAUAUUCAUGAUAUUGUUCUAGUAGUCUUUGCAAGUCUUGUUGAAGCCAUCUGUCUUUUAACUGUCCUCCUCUCUUAUGCAUACAUCAUAGUCACUAUCCUUAAGACUGGUUCUGCUGAAGGGAGAAAGAAAGGAUUUUCUACUUGUGCCUCCCAUCUGAUUGUAGUUACCAUCUACCAUGGGACUCUGAUCUUCAUUUAUUUACGUCCAAGCACAGAUCAUUCUCUAGAUAUUGACAAAGUGACCUCAGUCUUCUAUACACUUAUUAUCCCCAUGUUGAAUCCACUCAUCUACAGCCUGAGGAACAAAGAUGUUAAGAGUGCAUUAAGAAAGAUAAUCCACCAAAGAGUACUUUCUCAGUGA